UUGCACCUUCUCAUUUUCUGUUGUGUUACAUCAUCUGUUUUUAAGUGUCCAAAGGUUCCUGUUUGUCAUGUUUCCUGUUUUUCCUGUUGUCCUGUUUUAUUGUUGUUCCUGACGACAAGAGGUUGUACAAUCACAUCAUCUCAGCUUCCACACAGAUAAAUGUCUUUCUCCUGCAUUUUGAUUUAAUUUAAUCUUUAUUGGUUCUUUUUCUGAAACAAUCAGCCUGAGACUCAACUGCAUUUUGUGUGUCUCCACAUUGUAUGAGCUAGUUAUCGAUCACGUUUGUUCACAUGGGAGGGAUUUCUCAUUUCAGGCAGUGAAUGAGUUUGUGCUCGGUGCACAGCCCUCCUCAACUGCAGCUUACAGCAAGCUCACCCUGCAGAAACAAUGAACGUUAUCUUCCCUCUACUGCUUAUCUUGGCAGAUGGGGUGUCCUGUGAAGUUUGCCGUUACCAGGAUGUUCUGGACCACCUGGACCUGACGCCACAUAACGGUGUGUAUGUAAUGACCCGGCCUGUUCUGGACUACACACAUAAAACUGUGGUAAAGCUGGACAUCUUACUUUAUGCCAUCCUGGGAGUGGUGGAAAAAACUCAAACGUUUACUCCUUUCAUCUGGGCAUCGAUGCAGUGGAACAAUGAACUCAUCUCUUGGGACCCGGCUCAGUUUUGUGGAAUCACUGAGAUGUCAGUUCCUAAAGAUGCGCUCUGGAAACCCGACCUCUUCAUCUAUGAGAUGAUAGAGAAGGAUGAUUCCCCUCAGAAUCCAUACGUUGUGAUGUCCUAUGAUGGGACGGUAUCUACUGAAGAGGAGAUGAGGGUGGUAAGCACCUGUAAGAUGGAUGUCUACAAGUUCCCCUUUGACACACAGGAAUGCACCUUGUCCAUUGGUUCUGCUAUACAUUGCUUGAAUGAAAUGCGAAUUUUACCUUUCUCAAACUCCUCUCGGGCUACUCAGUUUUCACGAGAGGUAAUUAAGAGUCAGGGAGAGUGGGAGUUCCAGCAGCUGUCCGUCAGCAGCUCCAAUCUCAGCUAUAAUGAUAAAAAUUGGGAGCUACUCAAGUACACGAUCACCAUAAAGAGGAGACCCCUCCUCUACGUCAUUAACUUGCUGAUGCCUGUCCUGUUUUUCUUGACUCUGGAUAUUGCCUCCUUCUUCAUCUCUGACAACCGAGGCGAGAAGCUGAGCUUCAAAGUCACAGUGAUGCUGGCCAUCUCCGUCCUGCUGCUCAUCCUUAAUGAAAUUCUGCCCUCCACGUCCAACAAGACUCCACUCAUUGCGACCUACUGCAUUGUGAUUUUUGGUCUGAUGCUGCUCAGUUUGUUGGAGACAAUCUUGGUCACAUAUCUGAUGGACAAAGACUCAGAGGUCAUGCUCCCUCGGAAGGAUGACGUAAAGGACAAACAAAUGAAUGUUAAAACUGAGAUUUGCAACAUGGAUGCUGAAAAGCAGACUUGCUGCUCCUGUCUCUGCAGAGUGUCUGAAAGUGAGAAACAACAAGAGCUGCUGCCCGUUGCUGAAGAGGUGAUCAGCAGCAUUCAGUCAGGAGAGGCUCAUGUACUGCUGUCGAUUCUGGAUGAGCUGAAGAAACUGCAGGAAACCGUUUAUCUACAUCUGGGCUGCAGAGAAGAAAACAUGAAAUUUGUGCACUGGGCAAAGAGGAUCAACAGAGUUUUCUUCUUUUUCUACAUCAUCACUGUUUUCCUGUUUUUGUCCUUCAUCUUCAUGGAAUGGAACGCUUAGGAACGUUAUAUCUGUUUCACUUAAAACAAUGCAGCUUCCGUUUAAUGCCUUGAACACACAGUGGGGGUUGGACAGUAAUCGCCUUGUUUCAAAGACAUUGAUUUUGUUUCCUUUCCAUCCUUAAAUGAAAACACAAACUACAUAUAUUUAUCCAGCUUUACUUAUCCAAUAAAACCAAUAACAUCCAACUGACAAAAAGCACAAUUAUAGUUUUCAAAAAUAAGAAACAAGAAAUACUGAGAUUAAUAAAGGAACUCCCCACAAUGCCAAUAUUUUGUUAAACCACCUUUUGCUUUAAUAACAGCCUUGAGUCUGUUGGGAUAGUUUUCUAUGAACUUUGCACAUCUAGAUUGAACAGUAUUUGGCCAGUCUUCAUUACAAAACCAUUCAAGUUCAGUCAGAUUGGAUGGUAGGCGUUGGUGGACUGCAAUCUUCAAAUAUGUCUGCAGAUUUUCAUUGGAUUUAGGUCUGGGCUCUGACUGGGCCACAUGAGGUCCUUCCCUUUUGUCUCCUUCAACCACUGUGUGGUAAGUUUUCCUGUGUGCUUUGGAUUGUUGUCAUGUUGAAAGGUGAAUCUUCUACCCAUUUCCAAAUUUUUGGCAGCGGGUACACACAUUUUUUCAAGAAUUUGACGGUUUUGCCCCAUCCAUUUCCUUCUAACCUAAUGAGAACCCCAUUCCCUGAGGCAAAGAAGCAGCCCAAUAAAAAGAUGCUGCCACCUUCCUGGUGUAGGUAUGGUUUGUUGUGGUUGGUAAGCUGCAUUAGAUUUACACCAGGUUUACCAUUUGGUAUUGAGCCAAAUAGUUACAUCAUGGUCUCAUGUGACCAUGACACCUUCUUCCUUUUUCCAUUUGGCAUCAGAACCUUCAAGGUGCAUUCUGGCAAAGCUCUAACCAGCUUUAAUGGGGCCUUUUUUGGGAAGUUCUUGUGGAAUACAUACAUACAUACAUACAUACAUACAUACAUAUAUAUAUAUAUAUAUAUAUAUAUAUAUAUAUAUAUAUAUAUAUAUAUAUACACACACACACACACAUAAAACUUCAGUAAAGGCUACAUUAUGAAUACUGACAAUAUUAACAUUUUUGUUGACGAUUAACAAAAAUCUAGUCAGAAAAUGGAAAAGGUGGGAAAAUUAACCAAUCGGCAAAUGGAACAGGUAAGACUAGAUGAGAAAUAAACCAAUCAGAGCCUGGAGCUACAAGCUACCGGUCACCACAGGCAUCAUAAAUUGAUGUCUGUGCCAGUAACAGUUAAACAUUUUAUGCCUAAAAGGAGAAAAUAAAUGUGAUGGUUUGAAAAGUAUUUGCUUGGUGGGUACACAUCCGGGUUUGAGAAACACAACUGUCAGUGUGUGUUUUGGUAUUAUCCAUUAAUUAUUGUUUUUAAAACCAUUAUAAAUUAAGAGUUUUAAUGAUCCAAAGUGUGAAAUGUGAAUUUUUCAUAUUUCUUCACAGUUUCAAGUAGGUAUAGUUUACAUUUAAUUUACAGAAGUUGGAAAUUAUUGCAUCAGAAGAAAAAGAUGUAUAGUCAGUUCCUUGCUGUCAGUUGGACUACCGAGCAAGAAAGUGUUCUAAAAACAUUUGUUUUUAUGCUCCACUAAUCACAUUGACUACAACUGAUCACAGGUGGAAGCCAGUAACCUGCCAAGGAAACGGAAGUAGUUACUUUCCCUGACUGAGCUGAAAAGUAUUGUUUUGAAAGGGGAUAUUUCCUUUGUUAAUUUUAAUAUUUCUAUUUUCUUUUCUUCUUUUUAAUUCUUCUUUAACUGUAACAUUGGCAUUUUUCAACAAGUGUUAUAGGUUGCAUUGGAUUAGUAAAGUUUAAAGAUAUUUUAAUGUAAAUGUAACUGGAUGAAAAGUAAAAAGAUUGAAGUCCUUCAAACAAGAGAUUCUUUUCUAUACUCAUUGUACAAAAUGUGUAUUAGUCUAGGUUUCUUCAAAAAUACUUUAGACAUGCACAUGUAUGAAUUAAUUAUGCCAUUGCAAGUAAACUGGAUAAAGCACUGCCAUAACUUGUGUUACUGUUGGCUCUUCUCCUUGUGCACUCUUAUGUGUGUGUAGCAUUUAGUACAUAUUAAUUAUGACCAAAAAGAUGUGAUAUUCCUUACAAAAAUGAAAUAUCAAUCUGAUUGAUCUUUGAAUGUUUAAUCAGAAGAUUCUAGGGUUCUUUGCUUAUUCAGUGACCAUAAACACACUUCGUAUUAUUGCAGACAGAGUCAGGUAUGUAGUAUAAAAAUGAAUUUAAUUAUUUUCCCUAAACUAAUGAUACAUGACAAGAUAUGAAUAAGGAGAUGUGGUGUGGUGGAUGUGAGGUGUUGUGAUGGAAGCUAGAUGUUGUAGCAACCGUUAUUGUAUCUGAGAGAAAUUGUGAAAUCUGGGAGUAAAAGAAUUUGUUGUUUGUUAUAAACUAGAGAGUUGUUUAUUUGUAAACCUCAUCAUACACCAGUAUGCAGGCUUAUGACACCCUUGUAUGAGUUGCUCCCGGCGGUCCGGAGGGUUGCGGUCAGAGUGGUGAGGUCACCGGACGUCGAAACCACAAUAAUCAGAGAUUAGUAGAUUCCUCUGAGUUCAGCUUCCCCGGCCAUGAGAUACAACCCGGGGUCUGCAGAUUAGAUGUCUCAGGUGUGAAGUAGCUCUGAAAAGAGCUGUUGUGUCUGUAAUCACUUGCAGCAUUGCAGAAAGGUUUUGACUUAAGGUCAAAGGAGUUUGUUUCAAAAGAGGCUUCUUUCCCGCUUUGGCCAAAUCGGGGCUCAGCUGGAAACUGAACUAAUAAGGAAGUAAAGCCUGUUUCAAUAAACUCAUUAUUUAUAAUUUCUGGUGCAUUCUGACAAAUCGGAAUGUGCCAUGUCUGGAAGGCUUUACCAAAACUUUCCUCAGAAAGCCAUGCCUUCUUGCAGAU